AUGAGCUUGGCCACCAUCCAGACCACCAAGCGUUGCAGCUACGAGCAGCGAUCCGAGAGCGCAAGCAAGUGAAGAGACGAACCCAGCUAGCAUGGCGAGGCUGGCGCUCGUGGCGUGCGCCGCGGCGGCGAUGGCGGUGCUGCUCGGCGUGGCAGCGGCGGACGUGGGCUCCAUCAUCACGCAGGACGUGUACAACGCCAUGCUGCCCAACCGCGACAACUCCAUCUGCCCCGCCAACGGGUUCUACACCUACGACGCCUUCAUCCAGGCCGCCAACUCCUUCCCGGGGUUCGGCACCAGCGGCGGCAGCGACGAGGCCAACAAGCGGGAGCUCGCCGCCUUCUUCGGCCAGACCUCCCACGAGACCAACGGCGGUGCUGCUGGUCAGUACACAUGGGGGUACUGCUUCAAGGAGGAGAUCAGCAAGGCAACCUCUCCUCCCUACUACGGACGGGGACCCAUCCAAUUGACAGGGCAGGCCAACUACCAGCAGGCUGGGAGCGCGAUCGGCGCCGACUUGGUGGGCAACCCGGACCUGGUGUCGACGGACCCCGUGAUCUCGUUCAAGACGGCCAUCUGGUUCUGGAUGACGGCGCAGUCGCCCAAGCCGUCGUGCCACGACGUGAUCCUGGGCAACUGGACGCCGACGAGCGCCGACACCUCCGCGGGGCGGGUGCCCGGGUACGGCGUGAUCACCAACAUCAUCAACGGCGGGCUCGAGUGCGGCAUGGGGCCCAACGACGCCAACGUCAACCGCAUCGGCUACUACAAGCACUACUGCGACAUGUUGGGCGUCGGCUACGGCGACAACCUCGACUGCUACUCCCAGCAGCAUUUCUGAUCAGCUGUGACCUGUGGAGCCGUUGCUAUAUCAUAUUAGCAUCUCUGUGGUGAUCUCUAGUUCUCUAAGAAUAAGUGGCCUAUGCGCCAUCUUUAAUUUAAUAAAUAAAGGCCUAUCCAAAGCAUUUAGCAUUCUACG